CGGCGGGCUGAAACUAGGAAGAAACUUGGAGCUGCCGAGGCUCCUGGUCGCCUCUCUUCGUUGCUCGCGUGCCCCGUGGCCCGGGCCGCGCCGAGUCGUCGGGAGCCCUGGCCAUGGGGCAGCCCCGGCCGUCCGCAGUGUGAGGCGCGGGGCCUCCCGCGGGCUCCCGGGACGGGCCGAGGGCGGGCAGGCGGGAGGCGUCCUUCCAGCCGCGGUCCCGGCCGCUGCCGCCCGCCCGGGCCCCCGGCAUCAUGAACAUAGACGUGGAGUUCCACAUCCGGCACAACUACCCGUGGAGCAAGCUGCCGGCCAACGUGAGGCAGAGUCUUGGAAAUUCACAGAGAGAGUAUGAGAAGCAAGUUGUCCUGUACAGUAUCCGCAAUCAGUUACGAUACAGAAAUAACUUAGUGAAACAUGUCAAGAAGGAUGAACGCAAGUACUAUGAGGAGCUGUUGAGGUACAGUCGCGAUCAUCUCAUGCUGUACCCUUACCACCUAUCGGACAUCAUGGUAAAGGGCCUGAGGAUAACACCGUUUUCCUAUUACACUGGGAUUAUGGAGGACAUUAUGAACAGUGAGAAGAGUUAUGAUUCAUUGCCCAAUUUUACUGCUGCUGACUGCCUAAGGCUUCUUGGCAUAGGAAGAAACCAGUACAUUGAUCUGAUGAAUCAGUGUAGAUCAUCCAAAAAAUUUUUCAGAAGGAAAACGGCCCGUGAUCUUUUACCAAUAAAGCCAGUGGAAAUUGCCAUAGAGGCAUGGUGGGUGGUACAGGCUGGAUAUAUCACAGAAGAUGACAUAAAGAUAUGUACUUUGCCCGAGAAAUGCGCUAUCGAUAAGAUCAUCGAUGCAGGCCCUCAGCUCUCUGGAUCACUAGAUUACAAUGUAGUACAUAGUUUAUAUAAUAAAGGAUUUAUUUAUCUGGAUGUACCAAUAUCUGAUGACAGUUGUAUAGCGGUUCCUCCCCUUGAAGGUUUUGUUAUGAAUCGAGUGCAAGGUGAUUAUUUUGAAACUCUACUCUAUAAGAUAUUUGUUUCAAUAGAUGAGCAUACUAAUGUUGCAGAGCUUGCAAAUGUCCUUGAGAUAGACCUAUCCCUAGUUAAGAAUGCUGUGUCAAUGUACUGCAGAUUGGGAUUUGCCCAUAAGAAGGGACAAGUAAUAAAUUUGGAUCAACUUCAUUCAUCGUGGAAGAAUGUACCAUCUGUAAACAGAUUAAAGAGUACUUUAGAUCCACAAAAGAUGCUCCUUUCGUGGGAUGGCGGGGAAAGUAGGAGUCCUGUACAAGAAGCUUCAUCGGCUACUGACACCGAUACAAAUAGUCAAGAAGAUGCAGCUGACACAGCCAGUUUAAGCAGUUUGAGCUUGUCUACAGGAUAUACAAAGCGUAUCGCAUUCCUUUUUGACUCAACUCUUACUGCCUUUUUAAUGAUGGGAAAUCUUUCACCAAACUUGAAAAGCCAUGCAGUCACAAUGUUUGAAGUCGGCAAACUCUCAGAUGAGUCUCUGGACAGCUUUCUUAUAGAACUAGAAAAGGUGCAGAGCACCGGUGAAGGAGAAGCACAGAGAUAUUUUGAUCAUGCACUUACUCUGAGAAACACAAUAUUGUUUCUGCGUCAUAAUAAAGAUCUAGUUGCACAAACUGCACAGCCAGACCAACCCAAUUACGGUUUUCCUCUGGAUCUCUUGCGCUGUGAAAGCCUUCUGGGUUUGGACCCUGCAACUUGCAGCAGAGUUCUAAACAAAAAUUACACCCUGCUUGUUUCCAUGGCUCCUCUUACCAACGAAAUCCGGCCUGUCAGCAGCUGCACACCUCAGCAUAUUGGACCAGCAAUCCCAGAAGUCAGUUCUGUCUGGUUUAAGCUGUACAUUUACCACAUCACCAGGCAGGGACCACCUUCUCUUUUACUGUCCAAAGGUACAAGACUUCGAAAACUGCCAGAUAUAUUCCAGGGUUACGAUCGAUUACUAAUAACGUCGUGGGGUCAUGAUCCUGGGGUGGUUCCUACAUCGAAUGUGCUCACAAUGUUGAAUGAUGCUUUAACACAUUCGGCCGUUUUGAUUCAGGGACAUGGUCUGCAUGGGAUAGGAGAGACUGUCCACAUACCUUUCCCAUUUGACGAGACAGAACUCCAAGGAGAUUAUUGUGUGAAUUCUAAAGAAGAGAAGUAUUCAUAUUUGGAGUUUACUCGUGUCAAUAUGGGUGUCCAUAAAGCACUGCAAAUACUAAGGAGCAAAGUGGACUUGCAGCAUUUUUGUGGAUAUGUCACCAUGUUGAAUGCUUCUAGCCAGCUUGCAAACAGAAAACUCAGUGAUGCUUCUGAUGAGAGAGGAGAACCUGAUUUGGCUUCUGGCUCAGAUGUAAAUGGGAGUACAGAGUCAUUUGAAAUGGUCAUUGAGGAAGCAGCUGUAGAUUCAGCCACAAAGCAAAACUCUGUUGCCACAACAGAAGCAGAUUGGGUUCCUCUCGAGCUGUGCUUUGGAAUUCCACUAUUUAGUUCUGAAUUAAAUCAGAAAGUUUGCAGAAAGAUUGCUACUCAUGGCCUUUGCAGAAAAGAGAGCCUUCAAAACCUCUUACAUUCCAGUAGAAAACUAUCUCUACAAGUCCUUAACUUUGUUCACUCAUUCCAGGAAAGUGCUUCACCACUGGAUAUCCACACUGAGGCCAGUUUUUCAGGUUUGCUUUCACAGUCAUCCUGUGCCGACGUGGGAGUUCCACUUCCCGCAAAGAACUUAAUAUUUAAAGAUGGCAUCUUAACAGAAUGGAGUGGACGGUCGCCUUCCUCGCUUCUCCUUGCUAAUCUCCAUAUGCAAUAAUUUGGUUACACCAUUGUUGCUCACACUUUCUGCCUUUUUUCUUUCUUAACGUCAGCUUUAUAGUGCCAGCCACUAAAAAGCAUCCUGCUGCUACAGUGCAGCUCAUGCUCAACUAAUGUUAAAAGUUUGGGGAACAUGUUUAUGUUUUCUGAAGUUUUCCUCAUUAUUGCACCUCCUAAUGCAACAAAGAGCUUUUUAGCAGCCUGCACUGUAUUUUUUACCCGGAGACAAUCUGCGUUUCUUUUAUGAAACUGAGGAUGUACUUUAUAGGCUUUAUGAUGACUGUUAUGUUUAUAAGCAGUCGCUAUGAAUACUGCAAUGGUAAUUUUAUAUGUUAGUUUAUCAAACAUAAAUCUUGUUUAAUUUUAUAUUUUGUUACCUACUCUUUAGGGGAUCAUAUCACAGGAAGAGGAGGAACUCUUCCUCUGGAGAGGCUUCUUGGUAUUUAAAGUAGCGAAACUAUACAGCGAUAAACAUCCAUUAUUGAGAAGGGAUCUGAUGGGGCAUUAAGAAUUGCUGUGGAUGUCUGUAAAUUAUGUAUUAUCGGUUGAACAUUGUUGAAGGUAUGUAAAUCAGCAUAGUUAUGUAUAGCUUAACCUUGAUCUAGAAGGUCUUAACUCUGACUAUACAUUGACAUCUCGUAAGAAGCUUUGGAAAACAUUCUAUUUUUAAACAAUGUUUAUAAGUGGACUUCCGUUGUCACUUUGGGCUUUAUAUUUUCAUAGAGUCUUUAUGGAAAAAUAGAAUUUAUUUUCCACUCUUGUAGCUGUGGCUGCCGAACAUUGUCACCCUGAUUUAUUUUUUGUUUAGUAGCUUUACCCAUCAGUUGUUAUGGAAUCAGACUUGAUGUUUUUAAACCAAGCAUUUUGAUUUUAGCUUAGAAUUACAUAUUAGAGGCAUUAAGGGUAUGUCUUCUGAUCAGAACACUUUAUUGAUAAACCUACUGUGAGGACAUAUUCCUAAGCAACCUGGAUGUUAAAUUUAUGUGACUAGUUUUAGAGGAAUGAUAAAGAAAAAUUGAGAAUUUCAAAAUGUUUCUUGAGUCAUUGGUCUUUUGACAUCUCAAAUGUCGAUUAGAAUAAUUGGAAUCACUUUUUAGAUUUUUCAAGUUACCUUCCUUGGGAAGUUUGUGCAGUGUUAUUAGUUUAGCUUUUCUUAUAGGAUAAUGGUUUGCUAGUUUAAAACUGUAACCAAACUAACUGGUCAGACCACAUAUAUCUAAAACAUUUAAAACAUUAGAAAAUUUGGGAAGGUUAUAACCUAAACAUUUUCACUGAUACCUUUUGUUAUUUAUAGAACUGACAUUUGUGUAUUUAACAUACUUCUGGAAAUAUAUGCCUUUCUUAAAACCGUUAGCAUAACUGUGUAUUCAAUACCAUGGCCUGUCUGUCGAAUUGAAUAUCUUAGAGCAGGUUACCCGGAGCACAGUCUGGGCUGUGUUUAGGGUAAAUGCGGUAAUGUUUAGUUUUCUACUUUGUCUCGUAUGAGGUAGAAGCCAAGUCUAUGUUAUGUUUGUCUAUAGAAGGAAAAAUGCUAAUAUUAAAGUAAUUUCUUAUAACUGUGAAUCACUCAUUUAUUUUUCCAGUAAUUGAUAUUGUACAUUCCUAGUGCUAUGAGGUAUGUAUGUAACUUUUAUAGUUUUUCAGCCAAAAGUUAAAAGGAUUUCAUUUGAUCAGGGCUCUUUAAUCUCAUUUUCAUUUGCUUUGUCUAACUGUAGUUAUUUAUUUCUGUAUUAACAAGCUAAGCUUAUGUUAAUGACUUGUACACUAAUAAAGAAUUGAAUGUAGCUGUUGGUAGUGAACCCAGUCGCCGGUAAAUUUAAAACAAAAUAUGGGAGUGAUUUGCUGCUAUAUUUCCUUAGAUAACAGAGGAAAAAUAGAACCUAAUAAUGAUCAUGAAUUUUAGGGAAAGUACUGGCAAAACAUGGGGUCAACUCUGGUUUCUCAUGUGAAUGAGGAAAGAAAGAUUCGGAUUUCCAGCUAAAGACCUCUCAAUAGUUUUAUGGAGGGAGAAUCUGCCUUUUUAGAACUAUUAGCAGAAUGUGAAAGCCAGUUUUGUGCUUUCCUUUGUGAAUUUGGCUUCGUUCCACUCAUCUAUUAACCCAUGUAAAGAUGCAUUGCUUACAUCUUAUGUGUUGAUCCAAUUCAACACAAAGGUAAAUUAAAAUAGAGAAUUUAUUAUUUGCCAAAGAGAAUUUAGGAAAGAAUUUUUAUCCAAUUUUUCUGCAAAUGUUUAAUUUCAUUUGGCUUUGUGCUACCUCCCUUCUUUUCUGUCCUUUAAUGUAGCUUAAACCAUUGGCAAACUUUAGAAAAUGAGAAAAAAAAUUUUCAAAAAGGACAUGGUAGGAGUUCCCUUGUGCUGUAGCGGGUUGAGGAUCUGGCAUUGUCACUGUAGUGGCUCAGGUCACUGCCGUGGCAUGGGUUCGAUCCCUGGCCCAGAAAUUUCCACAUGCUGUGGGUGCAGCUAAAAAAAAAAAAAGGACAUGGAAUUUAGUAUUAUAUGAUUUCACCUCUUAGGUGGGUCUAAAGAAAUACAACUUUAUGUUGUUAAUAUAUGAUCAUCUGACUUCCUUGAUUCCUUUUUUUCUUUUUAAAUAUGUAAUCGGGUGGUUUUAUUUGUUUUGGGGGGGAACAUCGGUUUCUUGUUUCCACUUUUCUCUGCUAUUUGUGUUUCAUUUUUAUGUUCAGUGUUUCAGAAUACGGUUUGUAUUUAAAGAUUUUAAAAUACCAAAACUGUAACUGAGUACAGUGGAUUUUUUUCUGGUAUGAUGUUAAUAUUAUACAAUGAGAUGUAUAAAGUGUUGUCAAUUUGAUUAUUGACACAUAUGUUUACAAAUAAAUAGUGGUGUUGAUCAA